AUGUUUAUUAAUCCAUUGGAUAACACGAAAAAGUUACAGAAAAUAUCUUCAGACAUUUCGUCGGUUUCAAUCUCCAGAAGAACUCCAGGAUUGGCGCCGAGAAGCUUUUUUCCACUUCCAAAGGUAGUACUGUCAUCAACAGCUCUCAGAUCAACCACCAGUGCGAAUUUGUUAUUGUAGAAUUUCCUGACGCUUGUGUUGUCGUUACAGGUGUCGUUAGAAGUGUCGUUAGUCUUUUUGCUUCAUCGUAUAGAUUUUAUUGUUAUUAUUAUUAUUCAAUGAAGUAUUCCCGGAGAAGGUUUUUCAAUACCUAUUUGCAGAACGAAUAGUUAUAUUAUAAAAUUCCUAUUUAUAGCGUUUAUUUAAAAUCUAUUUGUCUAUGAUAUCAAGGCGGUGAGUCUCUCCAAUGAUUUAUCCAAAUUUGCUGAUGAUAUUGCAAUAAUAGCACCAGUUUAUGAUUACGAAGAUUCGGCUGGGGAUGAAGUAGAAAAUAUGAAGCUAUGGUCAAACGAGAAUAGAAUGUCUUUAAACAUGGAGAAAACCUAUGAAAUGAUAGUUCGCGGAAAAGUGUCUACUCCCCUUCCGGAUCACAUCCCAUCCAUAAAACGGAAAGAAUGGCUCAAAUUAUUGAGUGUCACGAUGGAAGACAUACCUGGUAAAUGGGAUAAACAUUUCGAAGAGAUGAUGAAAAAAGCUAGCAGAAGAAUGGAUAUUCUAAGGGUUUGUAAACACUACGGGCUCUCUACACAUCAAUUGGAUCUUCUCUUCAAUAGUCUUAUAGUCUCUCUUUUCACCUUUGCAGUCGAAGUUUGGGGUGGAGCAUCGUACAACAAAUACGUAAGUCAAAUUGAUAAGUUUGUCAAUCGUGCCUAUAGAAAUGGUUAUACAAGCAACAGAUCAGAUUUUAAAGCAACAAUAUCGAACAGAGACAAGAAAUUAUGGUCAAGAAUUAUAAAUGAUGAUAAGAAUGCCUUACGCAAUCUUUUACCUAGUAAUUUAAAUCGACCUUUACGACGGAGAGGUCAUGACUUUGAACUACCAAUUGUUAAAACUGAGAGGUUCAAAAACGCGUUUAUAAAUAAAUGUCUUUUCAAUUUUAUAUAA